AUGGCCACGGUGCCGGUGUACUGCCUGUGCCGGCUGCCUUACGAUGUGACCCGCUUCAUGAUCGAGUGUGACAUGUGCCAGGACUGGUUUCACGGCAGUUGUGUCGGUGUUGAAGAGGAGAAGGCUGCUGACAUUGAUCUCUACCACUGCCCCAACUGUGAGGUCUUACACGGGCCUUCCAUUAUGAAAAAACGCCGUGUGUCUUCCAAAGGGCAUGACGCACACAAGGGGAAGCCGGUGAAAACGGGAAGCCCUACCUUCAUUCGAGAGCUCCGCGGUCGGACCUUUGACAGCUCAGAUGAAGUGAUUCUGAAGCCCACUGGAAGUCAGCUGACUGUGGAAUUCCUGGAAGAGAAUAGCUUCAGUGUGCCCAUCCUGGUCUUGAAGAAGGAUGGAUUGGGGAUGACGCUACCCUCACCAUCAUUCACUGUGAGGGACGUGGAGCACUAUGUCGGUUCUGACAAAGAGAUUGAUGUGAUCGAUGUGGCUCGCCAGGCCGACUGCAAGAUGAAGCUCGGUGAUUUUGUGAAGUAUUACUACAGUGGGAAGAGGGAGAAAGUCCUCAAUGUCAUCAGUUUGGAAUUCUCUGAUACCAGGCUUUCUAACCUUGUGGAGACACCCAAGAUUGUUCGGAAGCUCUCUUGGGUGGAGAACUUGUGGCCCGAGGAGUGUAUCUUUGAGAGACCCAAUGUGCAGAAGUACUGCCUCAUGAGUGUGCGGGAUAGCUACACAGACUUCCACAUUGACUUUGGCGGCACCUCAGUCUGGUACCAUGUUCUCAAGGGUGAAAAGAUCUUCUACCUGAUCCGCCCAACAAAUGCCAACCUGACUCUCUUUGAGGGCUGGAGCAGCUCCUCUAACCAGGAUGAGAUGUUCUUUGGGGACCAGGUGGACAAGUGCUACAAGUGUUCUGUGAAGCAAGGACAGACGCUUUUCAUUCCCACAGGAUGGAUCCAUGCUGUGCUGACCCCGGUGGACUGCCUUGCCUUUGGAGGGAACUUCUUACACAGCCUUAACAUCGAGAUGCAGCUCAAAGCCUAUGAAAUUGAAAAGCGGCUGAGCACUGCAGACCUCUUCAAGUUCCCCAACUUUGAGACCAUUUGUUGGUAUGUGGGAAAGCAUAUCCUGGACAUCUUUCGAGGUUUGCGAGAGAACAGGAGACACCCUGCCUCCUACCUGAUCCAUGGUGGCAAAGCUCUGAACUUGGCCUUUAGAGCCUGGACAAGGAAAGAAGCUCUGCCAGAACACGAGGAUGAGAUCCCGGACACAGUACGGACUGUCCAGCUCAUUAAAGACCUGGCUAGGGAGAUCCGCCUGGUGGAAGAUAUCUUCCAACAGAAGGUUGGGAAUACGAGCAAUAUCUUUGGGAUGCAGAGGAUCUGCCCAGCCGGCUCCACUCCCUUAACCAGGCCAGUCCAUCCCACUUCAGUAGCCAUAUCCAGGCUGUCACUGCCCUCCAAAACUGGUUCAAAGAAGAAAGGCCUGAAGCCCAAGGAACUCUUCAAGAAGGCUGAGCGAAAGGGCAAGGAGAGCUCAGCCUUGGGGCCUGCUGGCCAAUUGAGCUAUAAUCUCCUGGACAUAUACAGUCAUCAGGCACUGAAGACAGGCUCUUCCCAGAAAGCAAAGUACAACAUCACUGGUACCUGCCUGAAUGACUCAGCUGACUCGCCAGAUUUGGACGUUGAUGGGAAUGAGGGUCCGCUGGCCUUAUUGAUGUCUAAUGGCAGUACCAAGAGGAUAAAGAGCUUAUCCAAGUCUCGGCGAGCCAAGAUCGCAAGGAAGGCAGACAAAGCUAGGCUAAUGGCAGAACACAUGAUGGGUGAUGGAUUUGAGUUGGAUUCGGAUGAUGAACUGCAGAUUGAUGAGAGAUUGGGAAAGGAUAAGACGACUCUGAUAAUAAGACCAAAAUUUCCCCGAAAGCUGCCCCGUGCGAAGCCUUGCUCUGACCCCAACCGAGUUCGAGAACCAGGAGAAGUUGAGUUUGAUAUUGAGGAGGACUAUACAACAGAUGAGGACAUGGUAGAAGGGGUCGAAGGAAAGCUUGGGAAUGGGAGUGGAGCUGGUGGAAUUCUUGAUCUGCUCAAGGCCAGCAGGCAGGUGGGGGGACCUGACUAUGCUGCCCUCACCGAAGCCCCUGCCUCUCCUAGCACCCAGGAGGCCAUCCAGGGCAUGCUGUGCAUGGCCAACCUGCAGUCCUCGUCGUCCUCCCCAGCUACCUCCAGCCUGCAGGCCUGGUGGACCGGGGGGCAGGACCGAAGCAGCACGAGCUCCAGCAGUGGGUUGGGUACAGUGUCGAGCAGUCCUGCUUCCCAGCGCACCCCAGGGAAGCGGCCCAUCAAGCGGCCAGCGUACUGGAGAACCGAGAGCGAGGAGGAGGAGGAGAACGCCAGUCUGGAUGAACAGGACAGCUUGGGAGCAUGCUUCAAGGAUGCAGAGUAUAUUUACCCUUCCCUGGAAUCUGAUGACGACGACCCUGCUUUGAAAUCUCGACCCAAGAAAAAGAAGAAUUCAGAUGAUGCUCCCUGGAGUCCUAAAGCCCGUGUGACCCCAACUCUGCCAAAGCAGGAUCGUCCUGUGCGGGAGGGGACCCGGGUGGCUUCCAUUGAGACAGGUUUGGCUGCAGCAGCUGCAAAGCUGGCCCAGCAGGAGCUGCAGAAGGCCCAGAAGAAGAAAUGUAUCAAGAAGAAGCCUUUGCCGAAGGAGGUAGAACAGCCUCGCCCGCAAGAGUCCAAUGUCACCGUGGCGGCGCCGGCGCCAGCGCCAGCACCAGCCCCAGCCCCGGUUUUGCCUGCUGCACCCCCGCUUCUCACCUCCUCCUCCUCGCCCGUACCUCCUCCUGAGCCUAAACAAGAGGCCCUCUCAGGAAGCCUUGCUGACCACGAGUAUACUGCUCGCCCCAAUGCCUUCGGCAUGGCCCAGGCGAACCGCAGCACCACGCCCAUGGCCCCUGGCGUCUUCUUGACCCAGCGGCGCCCUUCAGCCAGCUCUCAGAGCAGUCAAGCAGGACAAGGAAAGCGUCCCAAAAAAGGCCUGGCCACAGCGAAGCAGAGACUCGGCCGGAUCCUGAAAAUCCACAGAAAUGGCAAACUGCUUCUGUGA